UACCCUCUCGGAUUAGGUUGCACCGAUUCCAUGGGGGAAAAAAAAUGACGAGCCCCCCCCGCUUGCGUCUUUUGCGAUCUUGUUAUCUUUGGGGUUAGCCCGCCCCGAAUGGCAUGGUUGACCGCCACGUUGCCGAGCCGAUGAACUGGGUCCAGCACAGGGAUUGGGGAAAAAAUCAACAUUGGCAGUUGAUGCGCCAUGCCGACGGGCUUGCAACACAGGCCGGGCGAGGAGGUAUUUAUUAAGGUCCUCGGAUGCCCUCGCGCAGGGUGGGCUUAGACUGGAACGAUGAAAUAUCCGAACCACCAUGCAGAUAAGAUGUUCCGGCUCAACCUCACGUUCGUCGCAGUCGCAUGGGCUCUGUUGCAAGCCCAUCUCAUAUUAAUAUCAGUAACGAUCCCGCAAGCACACGCCUGGCCAACGCCAACAAAGUGGCUGCCGCACUUCAAAAGCCAGCGGCCUCAGCGCGAUUAUGCACGACGCAAUCUCAAGACCAUCUCGAGCAUCUACAACCUGACUGUCUACCCCAACCAACUUCCCAUCUUCCAGGCCGGUGGCGCGGGCGUCCCCAAUGGCCUCUUCAACAAGAACGUGGUCGGGCGGGUCGACCCGGUAGGCAACUUCACGGAUUUUGAGGAGUCGGUCGAGUACUUCUUUGCCCUGUCUCCACUACCGCAGGGCAACCCGGCGAAGGCAGCCAUUACGGGCUACCAGAUCACCGAGUUCAGCUCGCAGUGCCGCGACGUCGCCGCCUCGGUCGUCUACCUGUACUGCAGCGUCGUGAACCCAGGCUGCGCCGACCACGGCAAGCCACUGCCGCCGCUGAAGCAAGUCGCGUUUUGGCGCUUUGACGAGCACGGCGCAGUGCUCAAGUACGACGCCUGGAUCCCGAAUCUGAACACCUGGGUUGAGUCCACCACAGCCGCCAACGCCGACGACCCACAAUCCCGUGCCUCCGCCAUUGCUCAAAUCUGCGGCGCCACUCAGACGAGGUGCCAGGGCCCCAACGCGCAGUGGAGCAGCGUCGAGGAGUGCAUGACGGCUCUGUCGCAGAAGAGCUACGGCUCGUACGACGAGGCGUGGGGCGACAACAUCGUCUGCCGGAGCAUCCACGUGGUGCUUACGCAGGUGCGACCUGAUGUUCACUGUCCCCACGUCGGGCCGACGGGAGGCGGCAAGUGCGUGGACGAGCCAUAUCCCGCCAACUACUUUUCCGAUAAGGCGCUAUACGGCCAGCCUACGGGCGAAACCUUCAUGUGCGAUUAGACGACGACCAUGACUGACGGAUAACGACCCCUUUAAUGUGUACCUGUGUAUAGACGGCGUGCAUUACGCUCCUUUAAUCAGUAGUAGACUGGAGCUUACGAGUUUACGACGAGACGAGUUAUGACGGGCGGCAUCAGUUUGAGUUCGCGCUUCGACCUCGCUGGACAGCGGCAAUUU